AUGAAGCCAAUAAAUGAAACUUCAAAAACAAUUUCAAUGCAUGCAAAAGAAAUUCCAGAAUGUGGUCCACCCAAAGAUGUAAAGCCAUUGAAAGAAAUUUCUGAACAGUCUCCUUUCCAACAAGAAGAAAUUCAACAAAGUGGUCCCUCCGAACGUAUGAAGCGAAUAAAUGAAACUUCAAAAACAAUUUCAAUGCAUGCAAAAGAAAUUCCAGAAUGUGGUCCACCCAAAGAUGUAAAGCCAUUGAAAGAAAUUUCUGAACAGUCUCCUUUCCAACAAGAAGAAAUUCAACAAAGUGGUCCCUCCGAACGUAUGAAGCGAAUAAAUGAAACUUCAAAAACAAUUUCAAUGCAUGCAAAAGAAAUUCCAGAAUGUGGUCCACCCAAAGAUAAGAAACCAUUGAGGGAAUUUUCUAAAAAGUUUCCUUUCCAUCAAGAAGGAAUUCAACAAAGUGGUCCCUCCGAACGUAUGAAGCCAAUAAAUGAAACUUCAAAAACAAUUUCAAUGCAUGCAAAAGAAAUUCCAGAAUGUGGUCCACCCAAAGAUGUAAAGCCAUUGAAAGAAAUUUCUGAACAGUCUCCUUUCCAACAAGAAGAAAUUCAACAAAGUGGUCCCUCCGAACGUAUGAAGCGAAUAAAUGAAACUUCAAAAACAAUUUCAAUGCAUGCAAAAGAAAUUCCAGAAUGUGGUCCACCCAAAGAUGUAAAGCCAUUGAAAGAAAUUUCUGAACAGUCUCCUUUCCAACAAGAAGAAAUUCAACAAAGUGGUCCCUCCGAACGUAUGAAGCGAAUAAAUGAAACUUCAAAAACAAUUUCAAUGCAUGCAAAAGAAAUUCCAGAAUGUGGUCCACCCAAAGAUAAGAAACCAUUGAGGGAAUUUUCUAAAAAGUUUCCUUUCCAUCAAGAAGGAAUUCAACAAAGUGGUCCCUCCGAACGUAUGAAGCCAAUAAAUGAAACUUCAAAAACAAUUUCAAUGCAUGCAAAAGAAAUUCCAGAAUGUGGUCCACCCAAAGAUGUAAAGCCAUUGAAAGAAAUUUCUGAACAGUCUCCUUUCCAACAAGAAGAAAUUCAACAAAGUGGUCCCUCCGAACGUAUGAAGCGAAUAAAUGAAACUUCAAAAGCAAUUUCAAUGCAUGCAAAAGAAAUUCCAGAAUGUGGUCCACCCAAAGAUAUUCAGGUAUUUACCUUCACUGAAAUAAUUAUUUAA